AUGUCAGAGGCUCAAGAUGGUGUGGUUACUGAUUCCCAGCAAACUCAACAGCAGGAGAUAGGAGAAGAUGUUAAUGUUAAUAAUUCGGUUGAAGAUCCAGCUAUGGCUGGUGGCCAAGAGAAUGUGGUCGAUGGCGAGGGAGACGUUGGGAUGGAUUAUGGUGGUGAGGAAGGUAUGGCUCUGGCCUCUUUUGUACCUCUUGAGAAAUUGCAGGUCAAUGGGAUCACUUCUGGUGAUUUGAGAAAAUUAAGAGAGAACGGUUUACAUACUGCAGAGGCUGUUGCUUAUGCUCCAAGGAAAGAUUUAUUGAAUAUCAAAGGUAUUUCCGAGGCUAAAGCUGAUAAGUUAUUGAAUGAAGCUUCUAGGUUGGUUCCAAUGGGGUUUGUCACAGCUGCUGAUUUCCAUGUAAGAAGAUCGGAAAUGAUUUGUUUAACUACAGGUUCGAAAAACUUCGAUACUUUACUAGGUGGUGGUGUAGAGACUGGUUCUAUCACUGAAUUGUUUGGUGAAUUUAGAACGGGGAAGUCUCAGUUGUGUCAUACUCUAGCUGUCACUUGUCAAUUACCUCUAGAUAUCGGCGGUGGCGAGGGUAAAUGUUUGUAUAUAGAUACAGAGGGGACUUUCAGACCUGUUAGACUUGUGUCAAUAGCUCAGAGAUUUGGCUUGGAUCCAGAUGAUGCUCUGAAUAAUGUUGCUUAUGCAAGAGCUUAUAACGCAGACCAUCAGAUUAGACUUUUAGAUGCUGCAGCUCAAAUGAUGUCCGAAUCCAGAUUCUCCUUGAUUGUUGUAGACUCGGUAAUGGCAUUAUACAGAACAGAUUUCUCAGGUCGUGGUGAAUUAAGUGCCAGACAAAUGCAUUUGGCUAAAUUUAUGAGGGCUUUACAGAGAUUAGCAGACCAAUUUGGUGUCGCAGUCGUAGUGACAAAUCAAGUUGUCGCUCAAGUUGAUGGUAAUAUGUCUUUCAACCCUGAUCCAAAGAAACCAAUUGGUGGUAAUAUCAUGGCCCAUUCUUCUACAACAAGAUUGGCCUUCAGAAAAGGUAAAGGUUGCCAAAGACUUUGUAAAGUUGUGGAUUCACCUUGUCUUCCUGAGGCCGAAUGUGUUUUCGCCAUUUAUGAAGAUGGUGUAGGAGAUCCAAGAGAUGAAGAUGAAGAUUGA